UCUUUGUGCCGCUGCCGACGCAACAACUACAUCCGGGUGAUUGUGGUGACCUUCAUUGGUUGAUCAUCAUGGCGGCUAUCGUCAGGUUGAGUUCUGUGUGUCGCAGAGGAGUCAAACCCCUGUUCUACCAAAGCACUUUGUUGGCCAGGCCGCUGGUUGUACCGCACAAAUACCAGGAGCAGCCGUACCAGCUGACAGCAAGGAUCCAUGCGUCACAGGCUCUGUACGCGGGCUCUGGCUCCAAAGCUGCCUCUCUGCACUGGACAGCAGAGAGGGUGCUGAGCAUCCUGCUGCUGGCCAUGGGACCUGUAGCCUAUUUCCACCCCGGCCCUGCCAUUGACUACUCCUUGGCUGCUGCGCUGACCCUGCAUGGACACUGGGGUAUCGGGCAAGUGCUCACAGACUACGUUCACGGGGAUGCAAAGAUCAAGAUGGCCAACACGGGUCUCUUCCUCCUGUCCACGGUCACCUUCGCUGGUCUUUGCUACUUCAACUACAACGACGUGGGCAUCUGCAAAGCCAUCGCCCUGCUCUGGAGCAAAUGAAUAUAACUGUGGACUGUAAGCUCGGGAGGACCUAGACACUGGGAUGGGAGCAGUCUCGUCCCAGCUGAUUGUAAAAAUUCAAGGUGUUUUAUGUAAAUUCUUAUAAAUAUAUCAUUUUCGACAACAUCACGGUGAUUCACAAGAGUGUAAUUGUAGUUAAUGUCCAUCAAUUCAGGCUUGGUGUCUGUAUGAAGUUCUUGUUCAUCCACUGGCCUCCAUUUUCUCUUCAAUGUGGGAGAUUAGCUUCUGUUAAAGUUCAACGUGGACUAAAUCUAAGCUGCGUCACCCUGUAGGUUCUGAUCUCAAGCAACACCAUGUCUGGUUACUUAAAAUGUCACUCCCAAUUCUAUGAAUGAUAUAUAUCCAACAUCCUGGCAUGUAAUUGUUAUAUUUUCUGGGGACGUUCAUUUUAAACAAAACAGAUUUUACAGGAUGUUGCUGUUCGAUGUGUAAUUUAUUUUGUAUUUCAUGUCCAGGUCCUUUUUGUGGCUGAUCUUAAAUGUAUUUUUGUUUCAAUCACAAUGUGUACAUACUGCCUCUUGUUCGUAAACCCAUCAGGAAUAACAGGGCAGCACUCCAGAUCUGAGCAGUGUUUGUAUGUUCACAUCACCCUCCACACUAAGCCCCCUCCCCUCAGUGUACAAAUGAUUCACCUGGUAAUCGUGUCACUCGGCUCGGGCGUACUUGACUGCACCUUGACUGACAGGAUGCUGUCGGCAGGUGUGAAACUGUUGUUUAACCUGUCAGUCAAGUGUGCGGUGCUGUGGUCUGUGCAGAGAGCAGACUGCAUUUGCUUGUACUGACAUGUUUAAUCCAGGAGGGGAUCUGCUCUGCUGCUCUAUAGAAGUUUCAGUGAAGGUAAGGUACGCUAGAUCUGAAGUGCAUCAUAAACUCAAGCCAUCUAGCAAUACUCAAACCUGCCUGUGCAACUCCAGCACAGUGGCUGAUGAAGUCUGGCAGCGUGCAAACUCUUGCCAGCUAACAGUGUUUAAUCCACAGCAGGGUCUGACAUUAACAGCUGCAGAAUGCCGUCCUCUGCCAAUAAAAUAUCACUCAAGACAGUCAUAGUGACGUCUCUGUAACAUAAUGAGUUGUGUUGUACUUCAUGUAUGGAUAACAGACUCCUUCCACUGUGUGAAUGAGUUAACAAAUUAAAAAAGACACAUUUGGAAAAUAUUUAAAAAUGUACAUUUAUUUUGACCAUGUAAAACGUUCUUUUUCUUAAGUUUAUUAUCUCUUGGCAAAAAGGCAAACACUUACUUAAAGGCACUGUAUAAGGUUCAAUAUGGCUGGCUUAUCAAAACUGUGGUUGUUGUCAUGUCAUCUUCAGGGUUCCCACAGUCAUGGGAUUUCAUUUUCCAGGCGUGGAAAAGUCAUGGAAUUGGUGAAAAUCAUUGAAAGUUUUGGAAAACGCAUUGAAUUUGUUGUUUGUAAUGGAACUAAUUGUUACGGUAAUCUUCCAGGGAUAACUUUCCACAUAAUGUAACAUAAAUGUAAAUAUAUUUUCUGUCAGUUAGCCAUUGACAUAAUGUAGCUCUAAUAUUAGGGCUGCAGGAUAUAUCAUUUAAGCAUCGAAGGACGUGCAGUGUCAAGUAAGGCAAAUAAAGUCAACUUAUUCUAUGCUUGAUACAAAUGGAAAACCUGCAGUUCUCAUUUUCCACGACUUAAACUAACCAAGCCUGCUUUUAGACAUUACGUGUAUAUGUGACGUAGUGUGGCGGCGUUUGUUAUGGGAAACGAGACUUUCCUGUGCGUGCGUGCGUGUAGGGAAGCACAGUAACCAGGCCAACAAGUGCAGCAGACACAGUGAAGUGCAUGGAAAGUUUUGAAAUUUUGUCCAUGAACAUGUGGGAACCCUGAAUCUUAGAUCAUUUACCCAUAGCUUACAUUUAGUGUACACACGCGCAGUCCUUGCAUGCAGCUGCCAAUACCAACAGUUAUUUUUGUACAGCUGGAAGGGGCGUUACAGAUUGAGUUAAUGGCUGUAAAAAGCUGACUGGAUUCAGUCUGAUGUCUCAGUGCUGAGUCAGGAAAUGUUUUUGAGGGCUUAUAAGUUUGUGUUGGUCAGGUUGCUUCUUACAGCAAUUGUCAAUUUGUAAUUUCUGUUCAAUUAAUGUCUUCAGAUUAUACGCACAAGAUGAGGUGUGGGAAGAGAGAGUGCACUGUUCCUGCCUCAGCGGAAUAAAGUUGGCUUUACAGAUGUUUUCACAUUUUGAGAUUUUAUGAGUUAAUAUACACCAUGUAUGCAACAGACAGAAGAGUUCAAAAACUUUAGAAUAUAUGAAAUUGCUUAUACAUAUAUAUAUAUAUAUAUAUAUAUAUACACACACACACAUUAAGAAAUUAUCUGCAUUUUUUGCACAUGAAAAAAACAAUGGAAAGCCCUUUUAACAUUUAACCAGCAGGGCUGAUGAGUAGCAAAUUAGUUUUCACUAGUGGACAUUUUAACAAGUUCAUUUAAGAUAUCUGUAAAACAGUUCUGACAUAUAUGUUUUACAUGUAGAAAUUACACCGAUCAGCCAAAACAUGAAAACCACUGAUGGGUGAAGUGAAUAACAUUGAUCAUCUUGUUAAAGUACAAUGUUCUGCUGGGAAACCUUUGGUCCUGGCAUUCACGUGGAUGCUACUUGACGUGCUCCACCUACCCGAGCACGGUUGCAGACAAAACAGCACUUAUCAAUGGCAGUGGCCCCAGCAGGACAAUGCAUCAUGCCAAAGAGCUCAAGGUGUCAACUUUGCCUCUAAAUACCCCAGGUCCCAAUCUGAUCAAAUAUCUGAGGGCCGUGCUGGUACCCCAGAGGUACCCCAGAUCCACGGUGGGUUCUCCUUGGACCAGACUUGACUCUGACCUGUCAAGGCAUGGACACAUGACCUCUGGAGGGCGUUAGCUUCAGAUCUUUUGAGUCCCAUGGGUCGUGAGGUGGUGUCACAGCAAGUCCCACAGAUGUUUGACCAGAUUGGAAUUUGGCAAAUCUGGAGGCCAGGUUGACGUCUUGAGCUCUUUGUCACAUUCCUCGGACCAUUCCUGAGCAGUUUUUGUGAUGUGGCAUGGUACACUGUCCUGCUGGGGGGGCACAGCCACUGGGGAGGGGCGUUGCCUGGUCUGCACUGGUGUUAAGGUGGGUGGAGCGUGUAUGGUGGCAUCCACAUAAAUGUCAGUGCCCAAGGUUUCCCAACUGAACAUUGCAUUGAAACAAGAUAAUCAAUGUUACUCCGCUUGUCAGUGGUUUUAAUGUUUUGGUUAAUGGGUUUACAUAUGCAAAAGUCAUUUUACAAAUUAUCUGAAUUUUUUACACAUUAAAUGUUAAAUACAACAAUAAAAAUAAUGGAAAGCCCCUUUUAACAUUUAAUUCAAUGCCAAAUAAAAAGAAACAACAGUGAAAUAAAAUAAGAAUUGUUAUAUUUUGUAACAAACCUGCACCUAAAGGGGCAGAAACUGAAACAUAUGAAACAUCUAUGACAAGGACAGAAACAGUGUGUGUAAACGGACAGGAAACUCAACGUGUAUAAAACUGAAAUAUAUAUAAAACUUAUCACUGGUAACCUGAUGACCUAAUAGUCUAAUAACACAGAUAUGUUGACUUGGAACUCUAACCAGUCAAAAUCGGUUAUUGAAAUCUGCAAUUUAUGAUACUGCUACUGAUCAGUCAUCAAAGGGUAUCGUAUAAAAACACAAUUUAAAAUUAUAUUUACAUCUACAAACAAAAAAAGGACAUUCACUUUUAAAAACCACUUUGUCUGAGAGGUACAAUGUGGGUAGGUAAGGCAGUGAAGUUCACUUUUAAAAUUCGGUAUCUUAUUGUUAAAAGGCUUUGAAAGGCUGAAAUGAAAACAGAGCAGUGAGAACAAAUUAGGCUACCAUGGCUGUUUCGAGGCAUCUUAAUUCGGCCCAUAAAAUCAGGAUAUCAUGUAUUGCUCCUCUGUUGUUUUUUUUUUAAAUAAAAA